AUGUUUGAAUUGAGUGGAAUCGCCCUCGUCACCGGUGCUGCCAGCGGCAUCGGCCGUGAAUGCGCCCUUGCAUUUGCAGCAGAAGGCGCGGCAGGCGUUGUCUUUGCAGAUCUGAAUCUGGCCGCUGCAGAAGAAGCAGCCGAGCACAGCAAGACAGUCGCAAAGCAUGAGGCGUAUCGUGCGCUGGCCGUGUCUGUCGACGUGACGGAUCGCAGCCAGGUGGAUCAAAUGGUCGAGCAGACGAUCGCGACUUUCGGCCGGGUGGAUUACAGCGUCAAUGCGGCGGGGAUUGUGAUGCGCAAACCGACGUCGUUUCUGGAUGUCUCGCCUGAAUCGUUCGAUCGGGUGCAUGACAUCAACACCAAGGGCGUUCUGAACUGUGUGCAGGCAGUGGGGAAGAUCAUGCAGACACAAGAACCACUCAUUGUGAACGGUCGAAAUGGGCCGAGACAGGCUGGGAGAGGAUCAAUCGUUAACCUUGGAUCAAUCCAUUCGUUCAUGGCGGGGGGAUUCAUCACCGAGUAUAAUGUGUCGAAACAUGCCGUGUUGGGUUUGACCAAGAGUGCUGCCAUCGAUCUUGCUCCCUUUGGAGUUCGCGUGAAUGUCAUCUGUCCUUCGUGGGUUGAUACGCCCAUGAUCAACGGUGGCUGCGAAACAACCCUCAACCUACGCGACAUGGCCGCAAAAGCAGUCCCUCUAUCGCGAGUCGCGCAGCCGGAGGAAGUGGCCGAUGUGAUUCUUUUCAUGUGCAGUGCGAACGCUAGCUACGUGACAGGAAGCAGUUGGACGGUGGACGGGGGAUUGAAUUCACUGGCGAGAGCAUACUGA